UUUUAAUUUCAACUGAAUUCCACAGUUCCUUCUUUUUAAUUCUCCGCAACUAUGGCUAAUUUGUCCGCAGCUAUUUUCCUCGCUUCCGCGGUACAGUCACUGGUGGUUUACGCUGUGAUGGGUCGAGCCAUCGAUGAUGAACAUACCAAUGGACACGAAAAUGAAAUUUCCGGUAUCCAUGCCGUAUUUACCGUUAACCAGGACGCCAGCGGCAAGAUGAACCCCGGCGUCUUCGACAAAGUCAACAGCGCCAGCGAAGCAGCGUGCUCCAACCACGCUACAUCCGAAUCCAGUCUGUCCCUGAUCAGCGAACAGAUUGACCGAGAUCUGAAGAACAGUUUGACGGAAGAAAAGUACAUCUGGGAGAUCACGGCCGGCAGUGGACCACGAAGUAUUCAUAUGGUGGAUAACACUAUGCGAGUCAAUCAUCGGGCUGGCGGCGCCGAACAGCAGUAUGAGGCUGACUGCACUGGACAGAAAAUCCGCGUCAAAGUGACCAAACUGGAAUAACCUGGCUCAUAGCCGGCUCGAUCCGAACGAAUACAGGAAAUGAAAAUAAUUUUAUUUAUAUACGUCUUGCAUAAUCCAUAUCGUUAACCGUUACCGCAGACACAUGUACAAUACAGAUAUUGUUUUAUAAUUUAUAGAUAUUCAUUAAGUGAAUGUGUAUAAUGUGUACAAAUUUUCAAUGUGCAUCGGCGCUUACUGGCGACUUUGUCAGCAUCGAUGGUGUAUAUUGCUUGGUCCAGUUUUAUCGUUGUUGUUUUUCUGGUUGUUGGGACAUUACUUUGCUUGAUACCGGCGAAUAAAUGC